GGUUGGGCGGCGCGUGCCGGAAGGGGAAAGGGAAGGAGGGAGGGAGGCGCCGGUCGGAGCGAAGGGAGCCCAGGGAUGGAGUGAGGGCGGGAGAGGCGCCUCUGGGCCCCGCGUGGCGGCGAUGAUGUCGUGAUCCCCGGGCGGAACGCGCAGCAGGGCGCCAGGCGGGCGGCUGCCGAUGGGGCUGCUCCGGAUUAUGCUGCCGCCCAAGUUGCAGCUCUUGGCGGUGCUCGCCUUCGGGGUCUCCGUCCUCUUCCUCGAGAACCAGAUCCAGAAGCUGGAGGAGUCCCGGGGGAAGCUCGAGAGAGCUAUUGCAAAACAUGAAGUCCGAGAAAUUGAACAACGUCAUACAGUAGAUGGCUCUCGAUCAGAUGUAGUUCCAGAUGAAGAUGAAAAUGUAGUGAUCAUUUAUAAUCGAGUACCUAAAACUGCAAGCACAUCUUUUACAAACAUUGCUUAUGAUCUUUGUGCACGGAACAAGUACCAUGUUCUUCAUAUCAACACAACCAAAAAUAAUCCUGUUAUGUCUCUACAAGAUCAGGUACGAUUUGUGAAGAACGUAACUUCCUGGAAAGAGAUGAAACCAGGAUUCUAUCAUGGACAUAUAUUCCUGGAUUUUGCAAAAUUUGGUGUUAAAAAGAAACCAAUAUACAUCAAUGUCAUAAGAGAUCCUAUAGAACGGCUGGUUUCUUAUUACUACUUCCUGCGCUUUGGUGAUGAUUACAGGCCUGGACUUCGAAGGCGAAAGCAAGGGGAUAAAAAAACCUUUGAUGAAUGUGUAGCAGCUGGAGGCUCAGAUUGUGCCCCUGAGAAACUCUGGCUUCAAAUUCCAUUCUUCUGUGGCCACAGCUCUGAAUGUUGGAAUGUGGGAAGCAGAUGGGCUUUGGAACAAGCCAAAUACAACUUGAUUAAUGAAUAUUUCCUAGUGGGAGUUACUGAAGAGCUUGAAGACUUUAUUAUGUUGCUGGAGGCAGCUUUGCCCCGUUUUUUCAGGGGUGCUACAGAAUUAUAUCGCACAGGCAAGAAGUCUCAUCUUAGGAAGACAACAGAGAAAAAACUCCCCACAAAAGAAACCAUUGCAAAGCUGCAGCAAUCUGAAAUAUGGAAAAUGGAGAAUGAGUUCUAUGAAUUUGCACUGGAGCAAUUUCAGUUUGUCAGAGCACAUGCAGUUCGGGAAAAAGAUGGAGAAUUAUAUAUUCUGGCACAAAACUUUUUUUAUGAAAAGAUCUAUCCUAAGUCGAACUAAGAACAAUGCAUCUUUUCAGGUUAAGGGACUAAACCUUGUGGCCACAUCCUUAUUCUCAGCACCAACUCCUCUAAGUUGCUGAUAAAUCAGCUGAGACACUUCAUUCUUGAGCGCAAUAGAAUGUACUAUGGAUUGCUCAAAGAAGAUAGCUACUGUCUAGAUAAUGGUGAUAAUUCAAAAGUAUAGGCUUCAGUUUGUUUUAAUAUUCACACAGGAGGUUACUACUCUACAUUUGAAGACGCCUACCCAUAAUUACAGAAGCUAACCAUAUAGCAAGUAUAGCUGAAACUGUAAGGAUGAAAACUUUCCUUUAUGUGCUCUUUGAUUCACAAGACGCUUAUUUUACCUAACCUGGGAAGAGAAGGUUUUGGUUCCCUAGUCUCAGAGUGGAGAUUUGGGUUGUACACACAUAUGAAUAAUGUUAAUAACUGGCUGAAAUUUGUGCUUUGUUCUUGUACAUUCAUAUCAUAUAACAUUCACUGGAAUGUUUAAUCAUGUUCUGCUAAGAAAUGCUGCAGCUGGACGUGCCCAUAUUUGUAAAUCUGGGUUUUCAUUUUGAGAGUCUAGAACUGAUGAUCAGUGUAUUUAAAAAUUCAGAUUCCAUAGUGAUAUUGUCAAAAGGCCAGAAAUGAAGUCAAUUUUUCAUUAAAAUAUCCUCUGAACUUCCAACUGAUGUUGGGAAAACUCUCUAUAAGAAGCUGGCUUUUGCCUGCACAUAAAUAUAAAACAAAUAGUGAAUUCUGUAUAAUUGUUCCAUUGAUUCUUUGUAUUUUAAAUAACUACUGGUGAAUCCAUAUUAUGACUCAAAUAGUGAGCUGUGGUAUGGUUAGGGUUUUCCUACUUAGAUACUUUUACCUGUAGAAUAUUUUUACUAAGGUGCUUUAUAAUGUGUUUUAAAGCAUUGCAUUUGAAAAACGAGUGAAAUGCUGUAAAUAAUGCACAUUUUAUGUAUUUGGACCAAAAGGUUACAAGUAAUAGUUUAAAGUGGUUUUGCACCCGUUUUAUUGUAUGUGAAGUAAAGGCAUCCCAUCUGCUGUUAAAUUCCAGUUUUGAGUUAACCCUUGGACGUUGCUGAAAUGCACUUCACUGACCUCAACAACUUUAAAUACAUAGUGUGUUUGUCCGGGAGCCCCCUUUUCAGAAAUCUGCAUCCUUUUAUCAUGCUUUAAAGGAAAAGGAAAACGGAAGCAUGUGGCCUGGCCAAGAGAGAUACAGAGAAAUUGACGUCAGCGUGUUCAUAGAACUGCCUUUUGUUAAGUUCAGUGAACUUGCAUUUGUCACGGUUAGCACCUUAUCGUACUUAUAUACAUGAGGUUGUUUCGCACCUGGUUAGGUAAUAGGAUAGAACAAAAUCUAUGAAAAAUUCUAGAAUACUUAAAAUUCUCUAUCUGUAAAUUUUUGGUUUUUUAAAAAAAUAUAUAGUGUUAAAGUUCGAAGCAUUUUCCCCUCAUUUCAUUAAAUUUAGGCUUUGAGCUUCACAUUUUGUAGAGCAUUAGAAGUGCAGUGUAGACGUAUUGCUAAGGAAACCUUACCAAAUCAUUUGUCUGCUAAACAAACACAAAGAGGUUAACUGUCUAUAAGCUGAAUGUUUUUAUGCCAAAAACAUGAUCCUAUUGUAAAAGGGUAAUGAGACUGUUAAGUAAAGCUUUUAAUUUUGCUGUACUCUUUAUUUUGCCAUCCUCUGAGAGAUUUAAAAAUAGUACUGCUUUCCUAAGCAGGUUUUUUUUUCUUUUCAGUUAGCAACCAUUGCUUAUAGUUUUUGUUCUUUUGCUUUAUUACUUUGAGCCAGCAUGUUUUGUAGCCAUUUUGCUCCAGAUGAAUGAGUACAGGAAAAUGAAAUAAACUUUUAUUGGAC